GGCGGCGGCGUCGCGCGGCUCGGGCGCUAUUUUGGGGGAAAUUUGGGGAAUUUUGGGGAAAUUUGUGGAAUUUUGGGGAAUUUUGGGGGUCCCGGAGCCCCCCGGGCGGGGCCAUGGCCGCCCCCGCCAGCGCGCAGAGCGCCAGCAAGACCUGGGAGCUGAGCCUGUACGAGCUGCACCGCACGCCGCAGGAGGCCAUCAUGGACGGCACGGAGAUCGCGGUGUCGCCCCGGUCCCUGCACUCGGAGCUGAUGUGCCCCAUCUGCCUGGACAUGCUCAAGAACACCAUGACCACCAAGGAGUGCCUGCACCGCUUCUGCUCCGACUGUAUCGUCACUGCAUUGAGGAGCGGGAACAAGGAGUGCCCCACGUGCAGGAAGAAGCCGG